AUGAGUGACUCGAACAACAAUACCAACCACCAAGUCGGUCAAGACCAGGUUGGUCAUGGCUAUGAUAGCCCAGUCGACCAGAAUCCCGACAAUGUCUUCCCCUAUACCCCCGGCGACUUCGACCUCCCUGACUUAGUCCUCUCCGAAUUCAAUGACAACGACGUCAACCAUACGGACGUUGACACUUUCGACGGGUCCAACCAGUUGAAUCAGCGGGCUAUGCCUCCAAUCGACAACCAAGCUAUUGGCGGUGGGUUCUUGGGCGAGCCUCUCCAGUCAGGGGAGGAGGGUUUUCCUCUUGGCAAUGAACUUGCUGUGGUCUCCAGCAUCGAAGGGCAGCCACAACCCGAACAGCAGCAUACCUACCCUGACCCUGAGGAAUUUCUUCCUCAGGGUGUCCCGCUGGCUGCGCCGGAUCAACGCGAUGAAUCGCAGCAGCCACUGCAGACACUCGAAAUCAGCCUGACGCCAUUCACGGAUAGCAAUACCCCUCGAGAUCCUCGCAUUGUUCAGGACUCAAACCAAAACGCCCAGGCUUGUAAUUCUGGCAACACCAAACAGCCACAAGCUGCUCGUGAUACUGCGACUCUCAGCAAGGGUACAAGCUCCAAGGGUUUCACCCCAGGUCCCAUGAGAUACGCGAUGAUGACCAAAGGAUUUCAGCCAGAUCCACAACAGGGUCAUGUCAUUAUCGGUCAACGUCCAGCUAUUCCACGCCCCGACCGUGCCAGUCGUCUGGCUGUGCGGCAGCCUGAGGACCCGAACGAGAUCUUCGAAAUCGGCAGUCGCGAGGAUUCAAACCCGAACCUUGGUAUGACUUCAGGUCGCAACUGGAUGGGCUAUUUUGACCCCAACGAUCCCGAGAGACUGGUCACCAGAUGUCGGCUUCGAAUUCGAAGAGGUCGAGGCAGCGAUGGUCGUGGAGAGUCUCACUCUUACCUCGGCUACGAUAGUAGUCGAGAGAUUCUUCCUGCUGGCCUAUCUCUCGAAGAAAUUUGUGAGCUCUAUCCGAACCAUGUUUGGGGUGAGAUGUUGCGCAUCUUCUUGUCGGAGGGUUGGACUGGGGCCAGCAUUUUCGAGGCUCUGCCAGGAGAUGUCCAAAAAGCCAUCCGAGCGGGUCGAUCGGGUGCACCAGAGAAAACUCGACCUCAGAACUACAUGCAGGCGGCGUGUGGCCGUGAGAUUGACAAGAUGGCCAAUGAGGACAAUAUGUAUCGUCCCGUAAAAUCCGCUCCAAACAAAGGCAAGAAGCGCAAGAGUAGGCGCUCUUCGGAAGACGAUCAAGAAGACGAUGACGACGACGUUGAGGAAGUUUCCAGACAUCGCCAGAAGUUUCGGCCAUCAUCCAACCGCCGUGUGGGUCCCAGCAGACGUACAACAAAUGGUGCUGGUCAAGUCCGUUCGCAAGGUGGCCCAAGCAAUCGUGGGCCACCCACUGUUAGUCUCUCAGAGGGCUUCAGCUAUGGCGUCCAGGUCAAUUCCGUACCGCCUUUGCCUCGGGUCACUCAACCGAAUACUCCAUGUGGUGUGCAACAGGUGCCCAACGUUAGAUUUGCAGGCCGGGCUCCCCAGCACAACAUACAGCGAGCCCCAAGAAUGCCUGUUCAGCCGAGCAACAUCCCGCCGACGCAGCCAUCAUUGCAGCCAAAUGGUAGAUAUUUACCUUCCGGCCAGAUGAGCAGUCAGCGGUCGUCUUAUAUCGAUGAGCCAUACGAAGGAUACCACCAAGACUGGCAGCACCAAAUUGAGUACCGCGGCGCGAUGUAUGAUCCGAGGAUUGCAUUUGGUAGCACGCGCGUGAACUAUGCCGGCCACAGACCUCCCGUCCAGAACCAGGGGCUCAUUGUUCCAGGCUAUGGGUUGGCGGCUGGUGAGAGGUUGAUGCAGCAGGGCAGUCGAUUCCAAACGCGGCCUUCGUAUUAUGAUUCGACCGAUCAUAACGGCGGUUUGGCUUAUGCUCCUGGUCACUGGGCUGGGCAGCCAUUGCCAGUCAUGCCUCCAUCCUUGAUCGGCGGGACGGAGGAACGAUGGCAGAACUUAGCUGCUGGUUUGUACGAUGAUUCCCUUGGCCUCGUCAGCCCUCAGAACAACUUUGAGAUAUUGCACUCUGAGCGGCCUUUGCAUAGUCCCGGCAACGCCAGCCACACGCAGCCACAGAAGGACGACCCAGACGGCAGCUCUAAGUCGCCGGACACUGAGCCUCGAGACAUCUAG